AUGGCUCAACCAGCUAUCAAGGGGCUGUGGAGUGACAUCUGCCCUCGAAUUCUUGAUCAUGUCUUGAACUUUGACGAUGAAGAAUGUCUUAUCACCCUCUACGGUCUGCGGCUUACGAGUCGCUUCUGGAGCGCUAUUUCUCGAAUUCCUCUCGAGGAGCUGCUGUACUCAAACUACUUCAAAAAGCUGAAAACUAUUCCUCCCCUUGACGGUAUUAAUCCCACAACACUGACUGAGAUGGGUCCAACGGCUACAGACACAUACUUAAGAUUGUUAGACUUCAUGAAGAACAUCGGGGAAAUACCAAAGAAAUUCCAAUCUUCCGCAGCAUAUAGAUUUGCCCCGAAUAGACCCACUAUGUUUCUGGAUCGCUCUGAGUAUUGGGAAUUGUUCAAAAGCCCAGGCUUUAUCGAAAUAAAUAUAUCCAUUAACGCAAGUCUUCGUCGCCACUGGGGACAGUACAUCAGGACUAUGAUUCAAGAAAUCCCGGGUUGGACCUUUGUACAUCUUGACCUGCCCCUCUUGCUCGCCUUCAGAGUGCUGAACAAGCAUGUCAAGGUCAAAUAUGUGGCAGGAAAAAAUAUGUUCGUGGUGUGGAAGGAGAGAUACGAUAUCAAAGCCGCGAUCGUCAAGCGGUGGGUGCGAGAGCGUCAAGAUUCAGUAUUGAGGGUGGAGAAAGCACGUUUGAGGGGCUGUGGGGAUGAUUGCGAAGUCUGUGCCAUUAAAUGGGACUUGGAGCAACAAGACUCGAGGUUGGAGUCAAGCAGUCUGAGGGAGGCAGAAGAAGCGGAGUUGAAGAAAAGAGAUUACAUCCAACCGUCUGCCGUAGCAUUUUACAAAGUCAGGAUGGACGUGAUACGUGAAGACCAGGUGGCGAAAGCGGGGGACUUGCCACAAUCCAAUGCUUGGAGCAGGCUUGCACGUCGCCCGCUGGAGAAAUUCUUGUUCUCAAAGUACCUGCAUACGCUAGAAUUACCCCCGUGGGUGUUGAUACCUCCAUGGCCCAUGCAGCUGCACCGGAUGGAAUACACCAGGUUUCUACUUCACUCUAUGGAGGAGUAUGUCGUGAGCGUGCAGGCCUUACCGAAAAGGUUUCAAAGCUCCGCAAUAUUCAGAACGAUGCCUGAUAGGCCAUUGAAAUUUGAGAGUAAUGUAGCAAGUGAAUACCUCGUCGAAGGUGAUUUCGCGGAGACGUUGGAAGAUCGUAUGUUGGAUCCCCUAUGCCUAGUUGGAAAAGACUAUGGCAAGACACAAAACGAAAGGAGAAAAUUCGAAGAGGACAAUUUUGGGGACCUCAUCAACGCGUUUCUGGAAAGCAAUACAGAUUGGAGAUAUAAACACACCAUGUUGCCAAUGCUUCUCAUUUUGAGACAGAAAUGCAAAUAUUUUCGGAUGAAGACGGUCAAGGACACGGAUACCCUCGUGAUUUGGAGAGAGAGGCAUAGUUCUAUAGCUACCAGAACCAAGCUGCAAAGGCUCCAAAUGCCUGGAGAAAGGCAGGUCGAUGUACCUGUAAAGAGGGUCCCGCCGAAAAUUGAAGAAAGCAAUCAAAAUUCAGAAAAGACACCACAGGGAUCUGAAGGACGAAAGAUUGAAGGACGCCAGCGCAAGGAACCAUUGACCCGCGAAUCUAGUGAAUGUAUUUUUCUGGCUAAUGCUGAUAAUGAGCCAAUUUUGGAAGCACGGAAUGUCAGACGAAGGACGAAUCAGUGGCGUUUGUACAACCCUCGAGAGACUAGACAUUUCUAUUGCCUUCCUGCGAUAUUGUAA